AUGCUCUACCGCAGAGUGGGAGAUUCCGGGCUGUAUGUCUCGGUCAUCGGCCUGGGCGAGUGGCUCACGCUGGGAGGCCAGGUCGACGAGGAAGGCACCUUGCGCUGCAUGAAGCAGGCAUACGACCUGGGCAUCAAUUUCUUCGAUGCAGCCGAGAAAUACUCAACCGGCCAGCUGGAGGUCGCUCUGGGCCGUGCCAUCAAGCGGUUCAGCUGGAAACGCAGCCGGCUAGUGAUCAGCACAAUGAUCAACUAUGGCGCAGCAAACGGCGAGACCUCCGUCAACGACCAUACGCUCUCGCGCAAGCACGUUAUCGAAGCAACCAUCGCUUCCCUCAAGCGGUUGGACCUGGAGUACGUCGACAUCGUGCGUGCUCAUCGCCCAGACCAGAUGACCCCCAUGGAGGAGACAGUCCGUGCCUUCAACUACCUCAUCGAAAACGGGCUGGCCUUUUACUGGGGCACGUCCAUGUGGUCUGCAGACGAGAUUGCGGAGGCUUGCCGCAUUGCAAAGGUGUUCGGGCUUGCGGCGCCUAUCGUCGAGCAGCCGGUGUACAACCUCCUCGAUCGCCAAAAGGUCGAUGGAGAGUUCCAUCGCCUAUACUCCAAAUACGGCAUGGGCCUGGUCACUACCUCGCCCUUGAAAAACGGCGUGUUAGCCGCUGAUCUUACGCCCGCUCAGCCGACGAGCAGAGUGAGGUUCGCAGACAUGGCGGAUGGCCAGCACGGCGUCUCAGCCAACAGACCGCCCACCCAUGAGAACACCGCCUAUUCUCGAAAAGUUGAGAGGCUCAAGCCAGUAGUGGACAGGCUGGGGGUGAGAGUGGCCCACUUGGCACUGGCAUGGUGUCUCAAACACGACAAUGUGGCUUCAGUGCUAAUAGGAGCAUCGCACCCGGGACAGGUUGUCGACAGUGUGCAGGCCUUGAGGGUGCUGUCACGCCUGACGACCGAGGUGAUGGCGGACAUCGACAGGGCCAUGCGCAACAAGCCAGUGAUCGACAGCAGCCAUCGAGAUAGGGACUAG